AUGGAUUGCAAUACAAGAGGUUUGCUUGAUUUCUCUCUGCUUUCUGUUUGGUGCGCAGGUGACUGCCAGCUGCAAACACAUUGUCGAAUCCAGAAGUGCACCACAGACUUUGUCUCCUUAACUUCACAUCUGAACUCUGCUCUCGAUGGCUUUGAUUUGGAGUUCUGCAAGGCCCUGCGGGCGUACUCUGCCUGCACCUACCGCAACUCCAAAGUAUGCCGGGGGAACCUCGUCUACCAUUCUGCGGUGCUUGGGAUCAGCGACCUCAUGAGCCAGAGAAACUGCUCCAAGGAUGGACCCACAUCCUCGACUAACCCCGAGGUGACCCAUGAUCCCUGCCACUACAGUGGCCGCGCAGGAGCCAGGGACCACCGGGGAGGGGAGCAGACUUCUCCUCCUACUUACCUAUUUUGUGGCUUGUUUGGUGAUCCUCACCUGAGGACUUUUAAGGAUCACUUCCAGACGUGUAAGGUGGAAGGGGCUUGGCCUCUCAUAGACAAUAACUACUUAUCAGUGCAAGUGACGAACGUGCCCGUGGUCCCAGGAUCCAGUGCUACUGCUACAAAUAAGAUAACUAUUAUCUUUAAAUCGUACCAAGACUGCACAGAUCAGAAGGUGUAUCAGGCAGUGACUGAUGACUUACCGGCAGCCUUUGUGGAUGGCACAACAAGUGGAGGUGAUGGUAACACCAAGAGCCUGCGAAUUGUGGAAAAAGUCAGCGGCAAAUACGUCGAAAUGCAUGCCAGGUACAUUGGGACCACAGUGUAUAUACGCCAGCUUGGGCGCUACUUAACGCUGGCCAUCCGCAUGCCUCAAGAGUUGGCUAUGGCCUAUGAGGAGAGUCAGGACCUGCAGCUGUGUGUGAAUGGUUGCCCGUCAAGUGAACGUAUCGAUGACAGCGGCCACUUGCCGCUGCCUGUGAUGGGGCAGUUACUGCCCCAGGCAGGCGCUGCUCAUCCCCGCUCAGUGUACACACUGGAAACUGCCACCACCAAAUGUCAUGAGAAGAUGCUGGUGAAGGACAUCUAUUUUUACUCAUGCGUGUUUGACCUGCUCACCACUGGUGACGCUAACUUCACAGCUGCUGCUCACAGUGCCUUGCAGGAUGUGGAGGCAUUGCACCCCAGAAAAGAGCGCUGGCAUAUCUUUCCCAGCAACGGAGGUGGUGGCGUGAGCAAGGGUAGCAAAUUGUUUGUCAGUCUUGGACUUGUGUCCUUGAUCCUUGUUGCGUUUUUGUAGGGUUUUUUUUGUCUAUAACAAAGUUUUGAAAUAUAUAUUGUCAUAAUAUAUUGAGUAAAGAUGAGUAUAUAUGUAUAUACCAUGUAUAUGAAGGGAUGUUUUGUCUUGGGACACCCACCAGAUUGUACAUAUUGUGUUACUGUUUUCAUGUAUGUUGGAUGUAGUAUUCUUUGUAUCUAUUUGUUUUGCAGUUGGUGAAAUGUUUUAUAAUGUCCCUGCAUUGGGACCUGAUAGAAAGCACUUUAUUUUUUAUAUAUUAAAUAUUUAUGUGUGUAUCUGAGUAAUUAUGUAUUAUACAUAGACACAUGUACGUACAAUACCAGUGCUCCCUCUAAGUACUACUUUGUUUAAAAACAAAAUUUUUUUAUUAUAUUUGGUUUUUUUUCCUAUC